AUGGCUUAUCCACUUGUGCAAUAUAACCCACCAGAAUGGACGGAAAAAUUGACGGACAUCCCGAAGCAAAAGUUAGCACAAUUGCCCACCCCCAUUCACCAGUGGAGUAUACCGGGUGUGCCAUCCACGUUCUCCGUUCACAUUAAGAGAGAUGACCUGACCGGGUGUGCUCUGUCUGGAAACAAGGUGCGCAAGUUAGAAUUUCUCCUGGCAGAUGCCCUGGCCAAAGACUGCAAGCAUUUGAUCACGUGUGGAGAAUUUCAGUCCAAUCACGCCAGAGCAACUGCAGUAGCUGCGGCUCAGCUUGGGUUGCAGAGCCAUCUAGUGCUCAGUGGUGACACGUGCAUUAAGAAUGAGGGGGACGUCGGUUAUGAUGGUAACUUGCUGCUGAGUAGACUCUGUGGUGCAGAAAUGUAUGUGGUACCAAAGAAUUCUUCCUACCUGACCCAUCUAAGGCCCAAAAUGGAGGUGAUAGCCAGUCAGAUAAAAAAUGAAAGAGGGGAGGAUUCGUACCUCAUACCAAUCGGAGGAAGUAAUGCCAUCGGAUUGUUUGGAUAUAUAACAGCGUUCCAGGAAAUGAUGUAUCAGGGCAUUCAGGAAGAUUUUGAUGACCUUGUCGUCUCCGGAAGUGGAGGCACUGCAGCAGGUCUGGCAUUGGGUAACUAUCUAACUGGUUCUAAAUUAAGAGUUCACGCAGUUGAUAUUUAUACAGACCCAAAGUAUUUCCACAAUCAAAUCAACACGUCACUGGAGGACGUUGGGAUAACAGACGUGAAGUCCUGGGAUAUAAUUGACAUUAUAGAAGGCUACAAGGGAAAUGGGUAUGGUCUCUUCACAGAGGAAGAGCUUGAGUUCAUACUGGACGUGAGUACCUCUACUGGGGUAAUUCUCGACCCCGUAUAUUCUGGAAAGGCAGCGAGAGGACUGGUCAAUGAGCUGACCACUCGGCCAGGCCGGUUCAAAGGGACACGGGUGCUGUUUGUACAUACUGGAGGCAUUUUCAGUCUAUUUGAUGAGCGAAUUGUUGGUUUGCUGAAAACGGAUAAAAGAGCAAGCAAAGUCAAGACAUAGAUACCACAAUCAAGAUAGUGAGCAGUCCCCUCAGUGAACCAAUUGCAACAUGGAAAAGU